AUGAAGGAAUUAGAAGAAAUUAGCUGUGAGAUACGCAGCAUUGUAAAUAUUCAGCAUUCUGUGACAAAUCAUCUGAAUAAUGUAGAAAGAUAUGACGGUGGAUCAUCAAAUAGUUCACAAAUAUGUAAUGGUUUUGAUGGUGUUUGUGGAGGCUUUUUAAAUGAUGCUGCAUAUGCUUGGCUAAGUUAUGGUUGCCAUUUAAUAGUCCUCAAUGUGAAGACUGGUGAAAGCAGCAGUUCUUGGACUUUUCGUGGGAGGAUUACUUGCCUAUGUCAAUUUCCUGCACAAUGUGGGGAAUUACCCUUACUUCUCAUUGGCUUGGAUAAUGAAGCAACCAAAAUCAAAGAUUCCACAGGUUUGUUGUGUAUCUUUGAUUGUACCUCUUCCCGUGUCCUGAGAGCCAUAAAAUUGCCUGCUGGUGUGGAACAAGUUUGUGUUGUAUCGGGUGGAGCAGAAUGGGAGGAAUUCAAUGAUAAAAGGCCAGAUAAUAUUCUGAUGCAAAUGGAUGGUAUAGCUUGUGUAGUCUUACGUAAUCUUCAUCAUCUGAUGAUUGAUCUUCAAAGAUCUACAUGGGAGGUACCUGAUUUGUCUGUGGUAAUGGAUGAAACUUCUCCAGCUGAGAUAGAGUUCUUAACAACGAAAAAUUCUUUUGAUAGAAAUAGUGGUAAACACAUGGCUUGUAAUUUAUUAAAUCGACGUUUAGAAAAGCAUAUUGGGUUCAAUAGAGAAGAAUUUGAAUCGAACGCUUUUUUGGACGAAAAAUUAACGAAUACUAUAAUUAGUUCAACGAAGAUUGGUUGUCUAAUAUCAGGAUGCUUAGGUAGAGUAAUCAUUUGGCAGAAUGAUGGUUCUGUGGGAUGGAUCAGCCUACCUGUAGAUGAAACUAUGAUAGUAACGCAUCUAGCAUUAUUGGAACCAACCGAUGAUCCUAGACCUUUCUAUUAUUUGUGGGUUGUCUUCCAAGAUGAGUCACUGAAGGUGCCUCCCCUAUUGAGAAUGUUUGCCUUAUUAUUCGAACGAAAGUACUGCGACAGGGGAACCAAUUUGUAUUUCAAUCUGGAAGCAGAGCCUGGCCUCAAGUUCGAGUUCGAGUUAGACUCAAAGGACAGAGUCGUUAGUUUGUCUACAAUCGAAAGAGGAAGCAGCACAGACCAAACAGAGUCAGAAUACAAGAGAGGUGAAGACAGUUUGCUGCUGAUAUCGACUACAAACAGAACCCUGUUGUUUGACUUGAACCAGUGGUACAAAGAGCAAAUGCCUCGGACCAUCAGCGAAUGCAAGAAUCCAAACAGCAUAUUAGCUUGUUACAACACAAAGCGCAGACCGUACAAUGUCAAUAGCAACGAGAUAAUAAGUUGUGCCUAUGUUCCUCGCACUCUUCAAGAGUUUCCGAACAAUAGUUUAAGUUUAUCUGAAGAACUAUUCUACCCAAACUCUUUGUCUUUUGACUGGAUAGAAUUAAGUUUGCCUAGGUUAACCUUUUGGCUGUCCAGAGGUGUCCAAGCUGAAUUGCUUCGUGAAAUGGCCCUCACAGGACCUAUUAUACUAAUGCAGCCCUCUGAGAUGUUCCAUAAAUGUCUCUCUGUCGGUUUGGUACCCUAUAAUACAGAAGUCUCUUUCUCCAGCGAUCUUAACUCCCAGAGAGAUAUGUUACUUUCACUCUGCCUGGAGCAGCGUUGGGCUACCUUCUUAAUUAGAUGUGCCAAGGAAUGGUCAGAUGGAAGUGCCGCCUACAUGUAUCCAAGCUUUCUGAAAUGGGGCAUACAGCGAGCAUCUUCCAUAAAAAUGAUUGCAGAUCGUUUAUGUGUACCCUUGUUUGAUCUAUCGGGCAAUAAUAUUGGGGAGUCUGAAGUGAAGAUGCUGAGAUUUUGUUGUCAGCAACUAGAGUGUCUCUCCAACGUGGUAGCUAAGCUACCCACCGAAACGAGCAGCCUGGUUAAGCAACGAAGAGCACUGAAACGCGUGUCCAUAUACUUCCAGGUACUCCUUUGGUUUUAUGAUGUGGGUUUGUUGCCUGAGAUGCAAAGUUUGGAGGAAGAUUCUUUAUCAAUUUCUCUGGCACUUAAAAUUCCAUACCCCUUUGAGAAACUGUUUUCUCUGUACAAGGAGAAAAGGGAAUCAAUGAAGGGUGAUAAAGCAAAAGAAGCAAAGGAAGAGGUGCUCUUCAUAGAUGAGUUAAUUGUAAGGGAAUGUUCUGCCCUGAAUCUGCAAUGGGAGAGAGAGGCUGGAGAUGCAAAUACCAAUGGUUAUUAUCCUCCACCUUCUCUGCAAUCCUUGUUAAGAAGCUACCUCACAGACUGUGAACAAACAGAGUCUAAUGAAAUUGAAUGCAAGCAUCAAAUUACCAUAUAUCUUCUGAUGGAUCUAGCUAUGUUAUUGCAGGGCUCUUAUCCUCGUGUAGAUCAGCUGAUCAAGUAUCCUUCUUCCUUCAAGAUGAGUCCAAGCCUUAUAAAGCUCACCCAAGCGUUUUGGCUACUGGAUCACGAAGAUUAUCAUGGUUUUCUGGACAUGAUGACUGGUCAACUGGUUAGUGAUUCUGAUGUGAAGGACUGGCACCAUAAGCUUGUGUUGAGAACCCUGAUAAAAAAUAGUCAGCACAAGUUGGCUCUGAUGUAUCUACGUAUAAAGAAACCUCCUCUAUCUUCUAUUCAGGAACAAAGUACAUUGAUAGGUCUAUCAGUGGAGCAUGGUUUAGUCCAGUCUGCCUUUCAUCGUAGACCACAAUCUUACUAUGCUCAAUUACUGAUCUGCUUUUUUCAAGCUUGUAAAAGUUAUGACAAACUUGGUGACAUCUUGCACUUGGCUCUGGACUCAGAGGAGGAAGAAAUGUUUGUAAAAUUCCUGGAGGAUUCGAAAUCCGAAGAUGUAAAACUGUUGUAUUAUCUGCAACGCUGUCGUUACAUGGAAGCGAAUAGUGGGAAUUCGACUGCUUGGUUCAACGCUGUAGCCUCGAAGAAUGUGCACUUAGACAUGCUGAAAGCCUACAAUGCAACCCUGCCAGACGUAGUGAAACGGUUUUCCAUGAACAUGGGCAAAACGAACCUAGAUACAGACUUGGAAUCCAGAUAUCCUAGGCCAAUGACCCAUCAUAAGAGUUCACAGAAGGCUACAAGCAUCUACGAGAUAGUGAUUAGGAAGGCAAGGGAGACCUAUCUUAGAGGGGAGAAGUCUCCAAUCCCUUUCAUUAGUGCCCCCUGUUCUACAUUAAAGUCCAAUGAUGAGAGGAUCAGUAUAAGCUAUGUAAUGUCUCCCAAGGUAGUGCAGAAGAACAAAAAACGCACCUUGGACCAGGUUAUGCAGGAUGAGGAGGAUAGUGGGAUGAGAACACCAGAGAGAGCAAAGCGCAGGAAGCUGCUGGAUGAUAGUGAAGCAGCUCUGACUGCUGCAUUUAACACUCCACUGGUAAAAAGAAAGAUAUGUAACAAUAGAGACACUAUAAUAGGAACUCCACACUCUAUUCUGAAAAUCAGGCAGCUCAUAAGGAACUCGACGUCUCCAAGUGUUAGUACUUUGCAGGGAGAAGUUACUGACAGUCCAUUGUUGGACAGGGAACGUAAGAUUAAUCGGCAGAUCCGUUUCAACAUUGGCCAGUCGAAGAAGAAUGGUCCUCAUGAUGAAGUGAAUGACGAGGAGGAUUUUCCUAAGCUCAGUGUGUCAGAGGAGAGUGAAGAUGCAUACUUCAGUCCUACAGUGAGCGAGAAGUCCCAAAUGGAGAGUGCAGUUCUGUCAGACAACAGUUUUACCUGUGCAAACGUGUACACAGCUCGACCCAGGCCCAGUUUGAGGAGAAGCUACAUGCAAUCAUCUACAGAAUCCGUAAACGACUCUUUGGCCAAGUGUUCUAGGACAAAAAACACUACUAAUAAACGUUUAAAUGAUUCACCAGUUAGUGCGUUGGACAAUUGUUCCAGAAUUUCGUCGAAAGCCACACCUCAGGUGUCCAGAAAAAGUACCUCUAUGUUGUCCACCUCUGUUUAUUCCACUGCUAUCCUUUCACCAGACAGCAGCUUUGAGACGAGCCAGAAAGUCUCGAGAACGUCCAUUGAGAAUGUUCUUCAGAUUUCGUUAUUAACCUCAAGGCAACAGGAUACUAAUUACAAUUGCGUUAGUUCAACUCCUUUAAUAAAGAGUUCUGUUCCCCAGGAGCCACGUUACAAUCUUAACGAACCAAUGGAUGAGGACGACGAGGAGGAAGACAUUGUGCCAGAAGCACUGUGCUUGGACAGAGAAAGUUCUUUGAGAAACAUGCAUAAAUCGAGUAAUUUGCAGUUUUAUGAGAGCGAGGAAAGGGAUAAUGAUACACUGAGGGAGAAUACGGCGAGCAAGUGCAGAAAUGGGGAUCUUUCAAAAAUCAAGGCUUCAGAAAAUGCCAGCGAAGAGCUUGAAGUUUGUGAACAAUUGCAAGAUGAAACUGCACAGAAUGUUCAAGAGCAUGUUAGUUUGAAGAAUGGCGAACAUUUUGACAUCACUGAUGACGAAUCUUCCAAUAGUGGAGACGAGGUGGUUCUAGUUCUCGACGAGACAGAAACCAAACAGAAACACCAACCAGAGACACCAGACAACUUCUACGAUGCUCCAAACAUCACAGACGACGAGUCUGAUUCUAGUUUAGAGGUCAUAGAGAUGAAAAACAGUAGUGCUACAGCUUCAAAGAAUAUACCUAAGCAGACCAAGCUCUACACGAAGAAGGAAGGCGUGAAAGAAUGCAAGACGAAUAAUAGUAAUUCUAGCUUUAGGAAAACGAGGAAAAACUCAGUUCAGAGUUCACCGGAACUUUCGGAGUCCAAGGACACUGUCAACACUUCUAUUCUAGACUCUGAGUCGCCAAAAAGUGGUGAGAGUUUCAAAUCAAGGAUGACCAGGUCACGUAGAAUUCCCUCCAUAUCAAAAGAGACCAACACACUCCCUCUGAAUUCACCUUCCAAAGUUCCAACGAAGACUCUACGAUCGAGACGCGCCAGUUCCCUCGUCAAAGAGGUAUUGAUUGCGUCUGUGAUUACUACGGACGAGAGUAUUAAGCAAACAGCCUCGUCUGGGUCGGAAGAGUCAUCUGGAACUUCAUCACCAAGGAAAACCAGGAGCAAAAGAGCUUCUUCUGUAACCAAGGAUAUCUCCAUAGAAACAGAGAGCGAAGAAGUCAAGGUACCGGUAAGAAGAAGCACCAGACGUGCUGCUUCUGUUCAAAAGGAGCUAUCAGGGCCAGCAAAGCCGUUGACGAAGAACAGUAAAGCAUUGUCAUCCUCCAAUUUAGCAGCAGAAGAUGGAGAUGAAGUGGUACAGACAGAUACUAAAGGAUCAAAGACAAAGCAGUCAUCUGGAGGAAAAAGGACUAUAAGUACAACUUCAACCAGAUCUACAAAGGACUUCAAACCAAGUGAAAAAGAAGUAGAAGAGACGAGUUCUGUUAGACAAAUAAGGAAACGUGGUAGUUCUGUGCCCAAAGAGUCAAUUGGCAUGGCAAGAACCAGGAGAUCUAGCAGUGUAGCGAAGGAAACUAUUGCUGAGCUAGAAACAUCGCAAUACUUAAUGGAACAGGCAGUAAGCAGUCCUGCUACGAACACACGUAGUCGUAGGUCAUCAAUACAGUCCAUACCAGAGGAGCUUGAAGAAAUUCUGAGUGUAUCAUCCAAAGAGAGGGUCUCUAAAGUUAAAAAGAACAAGCAGACUGUACAGAAUUCACGUCAGAGAAGGGCUGCAAGCGUAGAGUUGUCUCAGACGGAGAUGAAAGGGCGGAUUAGAAGUACACGUGGCAAAGAUAUCCACAAAGAGAUUAUAUUGGAAGAAGAGAUGACACAGAUGGAGAGUCAACUAGAUGAGUCUAGCUCCAAAAAAGUUCCUACAAAGAGAAAACGUGCUGCUUCAGAAAUGCUUCCUCAAGAAACAAAUGAAGUAGUACCAAGAACUAGGAGAAAUCAAAAGCCAAUGAAGCAAGAGGUUAAAGAGAUUAAGGAUGUUAAGGAUAAAGGGGUUGAUCAGUUUUCAUUUUCACAGCCAGAGAGAGCAGAUAACCCACCAUUAGAUCAGAAAGUUAUCGGAGAAGUGCCGAAGUACAUGUUUUCACCCCCUCAUACCAGGUCGAAGAACACGGCUCCUGAUCAUCGAGAAUAAACAGUUUCAUUCCAAGUGCGAGCCAAGAGGAAAUGAAAAAAAAUGGAGAACGAAAAAAAG